AGGGAGCAUUAAUUCAUGUGCGUCACGGGCGGCAACGGAAGCGGCAGUCAGCGGGUUGCUGAAGUCACUGAAACUAACAUUACGGUGAAGUAAAGAGUCGUGGAUCAUUGUCAAAAGUGCGAAUUUGCAGGCUGAGGAGACUAUGAAGUUCCGAGCGAAGAUAAAUGACGUGGGAUGUCUAAAUCAUUUCACACGUGUGCUGAAUACUAUUACAAAACUCACAAAGACCUGUGUUCUACGGCUCACUGUGGACAACAUGUAUUUUGUCCUUUCUGGCAAAGUCGCCAAUGGUGGAGUCAGCAUGUGGUGUGAGUUACUACAGGUGAAUUUUUUUGACGAAUAUCAAUUGGAGGGUGUGUCAGCAGAAGCUAAUGAAAUCUGCUUAGAAGUAGCACCAGAGAACCUAUCCAGAGCUUUAAAAACUGCCCAGAAUGCCAAGUCUGUCAAAAUAAAACUGACAAAGAAGCACUGUCCAUGCUUCACUCUAGCUGCAGAACUGCCUUCACUAUCCUCUAUCAGUCGCAUCGUAACCCAUGACAUCCCUGUGGACAUAAUUCCCAGAAGGCUCUGGCACGACUUUAAAGAACCUACUAUGCCAGAUUUUGACGUUAGCAUAUAUUUACCCCCGCUGAAGACCAUGAAGAGUGUGGUGGACAGAAUGAAAAACCUCUCCAACUACUUGGUAGUGGAGGCUAAUCUGAAUGGUGAAAUGAAUCUAAAGAUUGAAACAGAUCUGGUGUCUGUCACAACACACUUCAGAGAUCUUGGCAACCCUCCCUGGGGUGAUAAUGCCAUACAGAGUCAGAGCAGAGACGUUGAAACCAUGGCACAUGCUCGUGUGGAUAUAAGGAAACUCCAGCAGUUCCUUAUGGGACAGCAGGUCAACCCUAACAAGUCCAUGUGCAAUAUUGUUGACAAAAGGAUUAUUCAUCUGAUUCUUCUCCAAGAAGAUGUGUCUCUGCAAUAUUUCAUCCCGGCUGUAGCAUAGUGUUGCAUCCAAGAAUUUUUUUUUGGUUAAGUCAAAGAUAGGACCACACCAUGUUACAUAUUUCGUCACUGGUGAGAUAAAAAUGAGUAUACUUUUUGUGCAAAUGAUUCAUUGUCAUGAAGCUGUCUUGUAAUUGGCACCGUAAGAUUUUAUUGCCAAAGUAAAACAAGUGUUUGCUUCAGUGUUUAAGAUGCUGUAAAAAAAAAACAAAAAACUUUUUUUUAAAAAAUUUAAAAAAUGUAUACACCCUCUGAAUUGUUUUCUUUUACUAUGUGUGAUAUAUUGUUUGUUACACUGAAAGAGCCCAAAAAUUAGGUCUUCUGUGAAAAGCCCAUUUGUACAUGAUGCACCUCUGUCCCAUAUGAACAGUUAGACACAAUUUAUACUUACUGUACAGCCUCAGUGAAGAAGCCAGCAUUAUGGUUUCAACAUUUUGAGAGGGGUGAAUUAGGACAGAGAUAUUGGCUGUUUCUCAGUGUGCAUUCUUGUUUGUUUGUGCUCGACAUCAUCUUCCACUGCCCAGGUUGCAUUCCAUUUUUAUUUAUUUAUUUUUUUUUUUAUUAAUUAAAUCUUUGCACAAAUGAAGUAUGUCCAGGGAGGAGAGAAAGAAAGAAAAAAAUAAAUAAGUAAAUAAACAAAAAACAUUUUCUAGAUAAAGUUCAAAUUCACUAUAAAGUCCAAGACAGUGCUACAAAUAUUUUGCCAUAGUCUUUGAGUGUUUGAGUGUCAGAAGCAAAAAUAAAUGAAAAAAAGAGUUUCUGGGUAUAGGUAAUAUCAAUGGACAACGCUUGCAAAUUGCAAUUACAUGUGGAACAGAAAUACUGGCAUUUUGGAACAAAGCACAGAUUUUUCUAUUAAUCAUACCUUCUCUAUCGGUGUGUUAACUGGAUCAAAUGAGGGUAUUACAGAACAUGGUGGAAAAGUAGAUCCCUUAUACAACAUUCUACUGAUCUGCCACACUUGCUGCAACAGUUUAUUACAGUAGCUGGUUGUUGUCUAACCUAAAGGAAACUUAAACUAAUGGUCUCUACCUCAAAUUGACCUUUGCACUAGACAAAAUAUUUAGCACUGACCUAUUUCAAUUUUCAAUUUGACCUAGGUCAAAUUAACUCUUUCCAUCAGAAUUGUGGACACUGCAAGUAUUUUGUGGAGGCUUCUGGCUCUACUUUGCUGAACUUUGGGCCUAGUGGGCCUUGACAUUGGAUGAUCAAAACAUGCCACCUAAAGCUUCUGAUAACACUACUGAGGAAUAUGUUGUCAUGACUCAAAUGCGUGAAUUGUUGGACCAGCAAAAAAAUAUUUAAAGAACUUUGCUUGAACAACAAGAAAAGAGCUUUAAAACUUGUGUACAGAUCAUAGUUGAUUCUUCAAACAGGAGGGUUGAUGAUCUGUCAAAGCAAGUGUGAUCUCAAGGUGAGUUUAGAAAGGAAUUUGAUGAUUUCAGACUUUCAUGUAAAACGUGGUCCAAGAACAGUAAUGAAACCAGGGCAGAUUUGGACACCGUCUGUAAAAGUUUGAUUUCAAUCUCAGACAAGACAGACUAUUUGGAGGGCCAAUGAAGACAAAAUAAUAUUGUUGUUCAUGGCAUCAAAGAGUCUAUCAAAGAAAAUGUAUCUGAAUCUGAAGAAAAAGUGAGAAAGUUGUUCAGAGAAAAACUACAACUGGGACUGGGAAGCCAACAUCAUCUUCAGGAAAGCCCCAGCCCAUUGUGAUUGAAGGACAAACUUGCUGUUCUGGAUAAAGCUAAAAUCUUGAAGGGCUCAGACAUCUUUGUUAAUGAGGACUUCCCUGAAGCUGUCUGACAGAGAAGGAAAGAACUACUCCCAGCAAUGAAGGCAGCUUGAGAGAGAGGUGAUAUUGCAUAUUUGAGAUAUGACAAACUCAUUGUUCAUCCACCAAUUCAAAAUCCAUUACAACAAAAAAAGGUCAGUGUUCAGAAUUUAGCUCAUUAAUUUUCACUAUUGGUUGUUUACACAGUGCUUGUUUGGUUUACAUAUUUAAACCACAUUGUUUUUUGUUUGCAUUAUGGAUUGUAACAAAUGUGAUUUUGAGGCUCAGAUUUUCAAGCCAUUUGAUCUCUCUACAAGCAACUCAUAAUUUUGAAGUUGACCCAGACUUACUUUUUUUUCCCUCAUUCUAUGUCUCUAAUAUUUGUACUUUUUAUAAUGAAAGCCAGUUUAAUGAGUUGUGUGUUUCUAUGCCUUCUAAUAUACUCUCCACUCUUCAUUUGAAUAUAAGAAGUGUUUCCUGUAACUAUGAUAAAUUCAUUCAUUAUUUAUCUACGCUUAAACAUUAUUUUUCUGUUAUUGCUUUAUCAGAAACAUGGCUUACAGAAGAUUCUAAGGAUAUUUUUAAACUUCCUAAAUAUAACUCGGUUCAUUAAGUAAGAGAAAAUAGAUCUGGAGGUGGAGUAUCUCUGUUUAUGAGGAUUAUGAAUUUAAAAUUAGGGAUGAUCUCAUUUUGAAAUCAGAUAGGGUGGAGAUAAAAUCUGGUUUUUUUUUUGUUUUUUUUUUGAGCAUUCUGGCACUUUUAA